CAAAUUGAGGCUUUUGUCAGCGUUUUGUGCACUCCGCCACAGGCAGCCAUCCACAACAGACCCCCUCGUUCACUGGAAGUAAGGAAAGCAACAGAGAAACAGCCAACAUGCCAGUUAAUCUGACGGGAUACUGGAAAAUGAUUUCCAACGAUAAUUUCGAGGAGUACCUGAAGGCGCUCGAUGUAAAUAUUGCUAUCAGGAAAAUUGCCACCUUACUGAAACCAGACAAGGACAUUGUUCACGAUGGGGACCACAUAAUCAUCAAGACCCUCAGUACCUUCAAAAACUACAAUAUGGAUUUCUAUGCGGGCAAAGAGUUUGAGGAGGAUCUGAGUGGAGUGGAUGACAGGAAAUGCAUGACCACCAUCACCUGGGAGGGAGACAAGCUGGUGUGUGUUCAGAAGGGAGAAAUUGAGGGAAGAGGUUGGACCCACUGGGUGGAGGGAGAUGAGCUUCAUCUGGAGCUGAGAGCUGCAGGAGUUGUUAGCAAGCAGGUGUUCAAGAAGACCUAAGCUGGCUCUUAUUAAGCAAAGACGGUGCUUCCAGCUGUAGACACUGGUUCAGAGAGACACAGCAGACACAACUCACAUCAUACCAUCCAACAUCCCAUCUGUACCCUUCUAUGUCCUUGAUGAACAUUAUUUUCACCAAACACAAAAUUUUAUAUUCCACCUUAACUGCUUAUGAUGCAGACUGAGCAGGUUGACGUGUAACUUUAUUAGAUGCAGUGCUGUAUUUUUGUCUCAGGGCGGGUGAUGUGAUUAGAAAGUUUAAAUGAGCUGCUAGCUGCGGCUGAUCUGAUGGAUGAGCCAGAAUGCACUGAAACGAUCCAUUCUGAUGUUUAUGGAUGAAGUGAAAAGAACAGCAACAUACAGCAAUUUAGUUAUUUGACGAUUGUUGUGGAUGGAAAGUGAUGAGAUCUGAGUUGGGCUGAAUGGCUGUGAACUUCUUUGUCACUGAUGUUCAGUCUCUAGAAUGAAUAUCAAAUUUAGAUGUUUGUACAUAUCCCUCCUAAAUCCUUUGAGACUGUGUAAGAUGGAUCAAUCAAUAAAUGAAGCAAGCAAAUAAAGCAACA